GAUGAGAGUGAUGUAAAAGGGAUGUAUGAAUUUUUCGGAAGCCAUGCUUUGGUAUCUGAUGAGACGACAGCUGUAAUUAUGAAAUAUUGCGAUUUCACCCCAAAUGCCACCACACAGUCAAAUAUAUGCAAUGAAGCUGCUGGUGAAGCUGAAAAAGACACUAAUUCUAUUGAUAUUUAUAAUAUUUAUGCUCCUUUGUGCAAAAAUACCAGCCUCACCGACAAGCCCAAGAAGACUUCGGGAUUGGAUCUUGAUCCUUGUGGUGACUAUUAUGUAUAUGCAUACUUAAAUAGGCCAGAUGUUCAAGAGGCACUCCAUGCAAACGUCACCAAGAAUAUUCCUUAUGAUUGGCAGCCAUGCAGCAAUGUGCUCAAGAAAUGGCUAGAUAGCCCAUCGACAGUUAUUCCUCUACUCAAAGAAUUCAUGGCCAAUGGUAUUCGAGUUUGGAUAUUUAGGUAAUUAACCACACUUCCUCAUUAUUUUCUUUAUUGCUUAUUA